AUGGGGACAAAGACAGUUGAUAUUGAUAUCAGUAAAAAGAAUGAUUCUGGAAGUGUAAAAAUAGACACUGAUAACAAACCUGUUACAAAGGAUGGAGCAGUGCUAUGUGGAUACGUAAAGCGGACAUAUAGGGUAGAUAAGGAAUAUAAUAUAAAGAAUAUUAAGAAGGGAGGGACAUCUCAGAAUGUGUUUGCUACUUUGGGUUUGUGUUCAAGUGUUUCCGUUUUCUUCUGGAAAACAAAACUAGAUAAGCCUCUCCUAAUUCAACUUGGUGAAAAUGGUGACUACUACAAGACUGAUAAUGAUCAUGAUUGGAGCCUAGAUUCAUCUAUAGGUUCUCACAAUCUCUUGACAACACUUGAUGAAAGGAACUGCAGGAAAAAUAGCUUACACGUGAUAGAUAUUGGCCAAAAUAGCAGAAAAAAUUCAUAUAACUGUCCUUAUUGCGGCCCUGGAAAGAUUCUACUAGACUAUGACGAUAGAAAUAAUGGAAGAUACAAUUACAUAGCUUAUCACUAUACCGCAGCCUCUGGCUUUGGAAAUAUUAGGAAUGGUAAUGACACGAUAUUCUCAAUCCCUGAAAAAAUUAUUACUAUUUCAGCCUACUGGUAUACUAAGGAGGCUCCUACUCCUUUGCUCUUCUGUUAUGGGUCAGGGGGAUCUUCUGAAUGGUACAGUAGAUAUGACGGGGAUCGAAUCUGGUCAUCCCUCAUGGGAUCCCCUUUAUCUACACGGAUUGAUCCUACUAUUCUUCAGGCAACUCUUCAAGAAAAUUGUAUUCCAAAGGUCAUAAUAGAUCUUUCUGAGCCAGUAAAUGCGUCUUAUAGUCCUACUAAUAAUACUCUGAAGUUCAAGGUUGAAAGUACUGAGAUUUCUUCCAACUCUGGCUUAUGGAAGUUCACACACACCAUGAAUAAAAGUGGAAUAUUUAAAACUAAGGAAAUUGUCCACAAGAAUGAGAAACUAGAGGGUGUGAAAUUUUUCUACCAACUGAAUAGUAUCUCUGCCUAUUAUUACGAAGACGAUCCAGCAGAUAGGUCUAAGCUUCUUCUUGUUGGACUGGAAAUUAGGGAUGGUACUCGAACAAAGUAUGAGUACUACAAACGACCAGAUAAUAGCGGAUAUUGGAUAGAACUUAAUCAACUAGAGGGAGAUACCGAACCUCUUAAAGAAGUAAAUACCAAACUUGAGAUGUUAAAGAAAGAGUAUUUUCCUGAACCGUUUGAUGCAAGCAUCAUAGCUGGUGGAGUGAUUGUAGGUUUGGCCUGCUUAUGCCUGCUUGGCAUUGCAAUGUGGAAGGUAGGACCUUCAGUAAGGACUCUUUUGGCCAGUAGACAACCCCUCUUGUAG